AUGCCGAAGAGUUGUGCAGCCGUCGGAUGUAGCAAUCGUGCCGAUCCUGGAACGGCUGUGAAGUUUUACAAGUUUCCUGUAGCGGACGAGCGGCGCAAACUAUGGGUUGCGGCUAUGAGACGAGAGAAUUGGAAGCCAACUGACAGUAGCAGGAUCUGUUCAGACCAUUUCGUAGGCGCAGAGAAGAGCAACGAUCCACUAUCUCCCGCUUACGUUCCGAAACUUUUUGAACAUGUCAGGACUCCUGUAAAGCGUAAAGCGGAGAGGGAUUUGGUGGCAUAUGAACGCCGAGCGAAGCGGAAGCUGACGUUCGAGGAGAGCAAGACGCAGACACCAGUGAAAGUGGACGCCUCCGGGAAUGACUUCACAGAGGCAAUGGCAGAUUUGCCUGGUGCCUAUGGUGCAGAGGUAGAGUCUGAUCCUGUAGCAGUCUCCAGUGUCUCAUCGCAGACUGACAUGGAUAUGGAGCACUUGACGCGGCUGGAGGAGACAAACAACUGUUUGGUCCUGGAAAGCAAACGGAUGCCACACGCUCCAGGACAAGGUGACACCUUGUCAAUCGAGUCGUUUGAGAAAGACAACGCGAAGGUGCUCUUCUACACUGGUUUGCAGUCUUUUGGGACCAUGAUGGGCAUAUUUGAACACGUGAGGAAGAGAGUUCCACAGCACCACCGCCACACGCUCUCUCUCUCUUCCAGCAGUUCUUGA